UGACACUCGCUCUCGGCCGCCGUGUGAAAGCUUAACGGGCACGCCCCACCCACUCCCGUACAGAAAUAAAAAGGACCCGCCGUCGCGUGUGCUUUAAUUAAACGAACUUAAACAAAAAGAAAACCUAACAAAAUGAGCAAGUUCGCUUGGGUGACGCUGACGACAAAUGACACGUACUCACUGGGUGCCCUGGUGCUGGCCCAUUCCCUGAAGCGGGCCGGGACCGCUCACCAGCUGGCCGUGCUGGUGACGCCCACAGUGUCGGAGGCGAUGCGCAUCAGACUGAAGGACGUGUACAAUGUUGUACAAGAGGUUAAUGUGCUGGACUCACAGGAUGCGGCCAACCUGGCCCUGCUCUCGCGCCCAGAGCUGGGCGUGACCUUCACAAAGCUGCACUGCUGGCGCUUGGUGCAGUUCGAGAAGUGUGUCUUCCUCGAUGCCGAUACCUUGGUCCUGCAAAAUGUCGAUGAGCUCUUUGAGCGGGAGGAACUCUCUGCUGCACCCGAUGUCAGCUGGCCAGAUUGCUUCAACUCCGGCGUGUUCGUGUUCAGACCCAGCCUGGAUACCUUCGGCAAGAUCACAGAGUUCGCCAUAAAGAACGGCAGUUUCGAUGGCGGCGACCAGGGUCUGCUGAAUCAGUACUUCGCGGACUGGGCGACGGCGGACAUCAAGAAGCAUUUGCCAUUCGUCUACAAUGUGACGGCCUAUGCCUCCUACUGCUAUCUGCCCGCCUUCAAACAGUUCAGAGAUAAGAUUAAGAUUUUGCAUUUCGCCGGCAAGCUGAAGCCCUGGCUGAUCCAGUUCAACUCUGAGACGAAGACAGCGGCCGUGUCCUCAGACUAUGCCCACGCCCAAGACCUUAUCCAGCUCUGGUGGAAUAUCUUCUGUGAUACUGUCAUCGAGUCCCUGUCCAGCGAAAUGUGCCUUUGCUUAAAUCUAACGCACUCGCAAGGCCCCUCCGUGGCGGAACAUCAUCCAUCGGAUGGGCAGCACGAGUACUUCCAGCAGCAGCAGCAGCUGCACCACCUGUUGCACGUGCGCGAAUUCCGCGACCCUUGGGCAGAUUACUACGAGAAUCUGGAGCGGAGGCAAGAGAGCCCAGAGCCGGAGCAUGAGGGUCACCACAGCAGCCAUGUGCAGGACAAUGAGCAUGCAAACGAUGAGUGGACAGCACCCGAUGCAUGCCCACAGCCACCGUCACCACCCACCACUCCUCCUCCACCCACUGCCACUGCCACCAAUGAAAAUGCCAAUGCAAAUGGCCGCGCAACUGCCGAGGAGCUCACGUCCAAGGAUGUGAACUCCAAUGAACUGAAUGCACACCCAAUCCCACCAGAACAUGCCACGUCCUCGCCCACAGCCACAGCCACUGCCAAAGCCAAAGCCACGCCCUCGCCUCAUCAUUCCGUGCAUAGUCAGAGAGUAAGAAAGAGUACGAUAAAAGCGCAGCCAGAAGUCGCAGCCGGAGUGCAGCCUGAGGCUGGUCUGGCUGGAGCCCUGUCGCAGCUGCAGAUCGGAGUGCAGCGAACGCCCGAGCAGGAGGCCUACGAGAGUCUGAUGCGUCGCCAGUGCUGGGAGUCGGGACAGAUCGACUACUCGGGCGCCGACUCGUUCGACAACAUCUGGAAGAAGAUCUCGCAGACGCUGGACAAGAAGCCGGAGAAGGAGGCCGAGCAAACCGGUAGUUCAUCUUAGAAAGAAAAGCAAAAAACAAAACAAAACCUAGAACACGUAGAACAGAACAAAACACAGCAGAACAAACGCAGAAAAUCGUUCGUUAUUCGUCGUUUUGUUGCCACUUUUUUGUUACGCACACACUCGAACACUCACACAGAUACACCCCUCCCAGAUACCCACAAAACACACUCUCACACACACUCGAAGAGAGAGAGGCAGCGCCAUGGGCAGAGUGCUGUCAAUGCUGUCAAGGACCAAAACUCUAAUUGAAAUUUAAGGUUUCAUGAGCACGUUGAAGCGCCCUUCUGGUCCAAAAAUGUUGUCGAGCGAAUACUUCCGAGUGUCAUAAAUGCAAUUUUUAUUUGCCCCCCACCAACACACACACACACACACACACAUGCCCAUCCACUGACACACUCAUGCACGCUCCGCGUGGCAGCAGGCAGGCCAUCUUGUUGAGAAAAGAGAGGCGAAAAAAAUGAAAAAUACGCACAGAAAAUUUUAAUUAAGUUUUCAAAUUAAACUUUUUGCACUCACUCGUGUGGCUGGCUGCUGCUCUCGACAGCAGCCAUGUGGCACUUGGCACAGUUGCCACCACCACUGGCACUGGCUCUCUGCCCCCUUCUUCUACUCACAUAAAUACACGCCCACAAAACUUGGCCCACACCCCCACCGCGCCACAAACUUUACACUUCAUUGUAUUUUAAUUGAAAAUGUUGUACUUUUGGCAGUGCUCCGUACUCGUAUGCGUACUCGUACGUGAGUGUUUACCAAUCUAUGGCGAUGACUGUUCAUCUGCAUCCACAAAUUCAUUGUAGCAUAAAGUCCCACCCUCUCCUCUUGUUCCCCCCCCCCCCCCCCUAAACAUAUGUAGAUAGAUUUUUGUUUUCAUAAUAAAUAAAUAUCAAGCAAAAGUGUGUAUAAAAUAGAAAUUUAGAAUAAAAUAAAUCUUCAAAAACUGAACUCCUGUGGCAGUUGUUGUGUCUCUGCCACCCCGUCUGUAUUUGCAUCUGUGCGUGUGUGUGCGUGAGCCUUACCCCUACCCGAGUGUGUUUUCCUUUUUGCCAUGGAAUACUAACAUAUUUUCUAUCUAUCUACAUAUUAUUCGUAUACUCGUACCAUUUAUGUUAUAAUUUACUUUGGAAUAUUGUCGUAAUAUUUAUUCAAGAACCACAAAGAAAAACCAACAACAACAAAAAAAAAACCACAACACAAACACCUUGUGAAAUUUUGUGAAAUUCUGUUUUUAAA